GAGAUAGCUCAGAUCCUAGGAGGCUAGCAAUAGUGAUAGCAAAGCCCCAGCUCAGCUCUGCUCACACUCCUCUGCCUGUCCAGCAUCAUGAAGCCCCUCAUGACUGCCCUCUUGGUCCUCUUCUGCACAACAAUGCUCUGCUCCUGUGAAGAAGAUAAGCGUCACACCGCACCUGACUGCUGCUUCUCCUUCAUCUCCCGUCAGAUCCCCCACAAUCUUGUGGUAGCCUAUUUUAAGACCAGUGGCACAUGCCUUACAGAUGGUAUCAUCUUUCUCACCAAAAAAGGCCUGUAUAUCUGUGCCGAUUCCAGCAAUGACUGGGUCCAGGAAUACAUCAGGGACCUGGAGGCAAAUUCUUGAAUGGUCCAGCAGGAACGAGGGAGAGGUGUUUGAAGAUGGAGAACCAGGAGACUGUCCCUGCAACCCCAUGAGUUAUCUCUCCUGUGGGUCCCUCCCCACUCCACUAACCACACUCUGAACCCUUUAACUUUAAUUUAGUUAACCAACUUAAAUUUUAUAUCAUGUUACUCACCUGAUGUUUCCUCUGAGAAGUCAAAUGACACCCUCUUAUUCCUAGUCCCCUUCCUAGUCAUUCAUACAGUGGUUGACUGAUAGUUAUGAUGAAAGGCUGUGCUCCUCUCUCUGGAUAUUCAUUUGACCAAAUCCAUCAACAGAUGCUUACUGAGUUUUUAGGAGCCCUUUACUUGGUUCAAACCAAUGUCAGAAUAAUAAAAAUUAUUUUUAUAUUCUGAAAUAAA